AUGCGUCCCCGAGGCCCCUGGGCUGCCGGCCCGGCAGCUCUGCUGCUCCUCGCCAGCGUCCUCGCCUCUGACACGCUGCUCAGCGCCCGGGGACGGAAGAAGGUGGUCCAUGUUAUGGAGGGUGACAGCGGGGCCGUGGUGGUGCAAACGGCCCCGGGGAAGGUGGUGACGCACCGGGGCGGCACCAUCAUCCUGCCCUGCCGCUACCACUACGAUGUGUCCGCCCACGACCCGGCCGAGAUCCGCCUCAAGUGGACCAAGGUGACGGAGCCGAUGGCCUUCGUGGACGUCUUCGUGGCGCUGGGGAAGGCGCGGCGGGCGUUCGGCAGCUACCGCGGCCGGACGGCUCUGCAGGAGGAUGGCUUCGGCGACGCCUCGCUCAUCAUCCGCAACGUCACCCUGCAAGACUACGGCCGCUACGAGUGCGAGGUCACCAACGAGCUCGAGGAUGACACUGGCAUGGUCAAGCUGGACCUCGAAGGCGUGAUCUUCCCCUACCACCCGCGCCUGGGUCGCUACAGCCUGAACUUCCACGAGGCGCAGCAGGCGUGCCUGGAGCAGGACGGCAUCCUGGCCUCGCACGACCAGCUGCACCAGGCCUGGCUGGAGGGCAUGGACUGGUGCAACGCCGGCUGGCUGGAGGACGGCUCGGUGCAGUACCCCAUCUCCCGGCCGCGGGAGGAGUGCGGCCGCAAGGACACGCCGGUGGGGGUACGCAACUACGGCUACCGGCACAAGGAGAGCGAGCACUACGACGCUUUCUGCUUCACCUCCAACCUCAACGGCAAAGUCUACUUCUUGAAGACGUACCGCAAGCUGAGCUACGCCGAGGCGGUGCAGGCCUGCAAGAACAACGGGGCGGCCGUGGCCAAGGUGGGCCAGCUCUACGCCGCCUGGAAGAUCCAGCUGCUGGACCGCUGCGAGGCCGGCUGGCUGGAGGACGGCAGCAUCCGCUACCCCAUCGUCAACCCCCGGGCACGCUGCGGGGGCCAGGAGCCCGGCGUGCGCAACCUGGGCUUCCCGGACAAGAAGUACAAGCUUUUUGGGGUUUAUUGCUUCAAAAAGGCUGGCGAGGCUGCCCCGGAGAAGGAGCUGGCUGGGGGGCACCCAAAUCGUGUGUGAGGCUCAUGGUCACCAGGAGCACCCCCAGACUUGGCCGGGGACGCCCUCCGUGUGCUGGGCUCCCCGGCAUCGCUGCCUCCUGGGAUGCGGUGGCGCGGGGAGCUGCGGGCAGCCCCUGCGUUGGACUGGGAAAGAGGUGCCCGUGCGACGCCGGUGCGGCUGCUGCAUCGCAGGCUGCGGGCAAAGCCCGGUGAUGCUUGGGGAAACUGAGGCAGCGGGAGGGGAGCGACUUCAGUAGCCCAGCCAGGAGCCUGCGCGCAGAUCCAGGGCCGGCUCCCCAGCUCAUUGCAGUUCUUGCUUAUCAAUCAGCAUAUUGCAUGUGCUAAAGGCCCAGCCGGAGCAAAGCAGGCUUCAGCCCCUGAUGUCCUCGUCCUCAUGCCCAGGGUCCCCCGCACCGCCCCGUCCCUGGGGCCACGCAGCACUGAAGCCCCCAGGAGAUGCCACGGCAUCACGGGACCGGCAGGUCUCUGCAGGGGGGGGCUGACGUGCCACAGGCUCCCCCCAGUCCCCAAAAUCCCAUCUUGGCACUGGGCAAGGACUGGGGGCACUGGGCUUGGCUUCGUGCAACGAGGGCAGCC